CUUCAUCGUGAGACAAUGUAUUGUUAUUAUUGCAUGUUUUUAUAAAAUGCUUACCUUUAGAUAUCCUUUAUCCUGUUAACAACGAUGUGAAUCAUCAGAAUAGUGUGCCUUCAAAACUUUGUAGUGUUAAAUAUAGCUAAAAUGAAAGUGGUUGAAGCAAAAAUCGUAGUACUAGGAUCACAAGGUGUUGGCAAAACAAGCCUUGUGGUUCGCUACAUCGGGAAGAUGUUUUCGAAACACAUCUCGCCCACCAUCGGAGCAUCAUUUUUCACGUGCAACAUCAAUGUGGAUGGAGCUAGAGUCAAACUGCAGGUGUGGGACACUGCGGGCCAAGAGCGGUUUCGCUCCAUGGCGCCGAUGUAUUAUCGGAACGCGAACGCCGCGCUUCUAGUCUACGACAUCACCAGUGUCGGCAGCUUCACUGCCAUUAAAACAUGGGUUAAGGAGCUACAAAGCAAUGUACCGGAACCGAUGGCCUUAGCGCUAGUCGGCAACAAAUGUGACCUGCAUGAAACCAGAGCAGUCCCAUACUCCGAAGCAAAACAGUAUGCAGCCUCUAUAGGUGCCCAGUACUGUGAGACAUCUGCCUUACAUGACCAGGGAAUCGACCAGGUGUUCCUGAGUACGGCUACAGCAUUAUUGCAAAUGUCGACAACCACCUUGAGUGCUUCGCUGCGCUCUUAUGAUUCGGCAGAGGGCGACACUGAUAGAGUACCCACAGGCGAUCCCACGGAAGACCCAGCCACUCACACGGGAAAAGUGGAACUCCCAGCCUGGAGCAUCGACAGCAUAGCCCACGGCGAACCAGCGAGGAGCAUGUGUUGCUAGCCCCCUCCUUACCACAGGGGGGAGGGGGGGGGGGGGUAGUUCAAGGGGUACACAAGUAAAAUGCAUACAAGGGACAGCUCACAGAAGAUCUAGAAAACACCUAUCAAACUACCUACUGCUGACAAAGAUCUGCAAGUAUAAUAUGUAGGUAGGGGAAUAAGGAAACGUCCUUACUCCCCUAGUUCAACAUGGGGACCCUUCAUAUUAUGAGCGUAAAGGCCCAUUUAGAUGGUACGAGUUUCUCGCCUCGAACGUACGACUAUCGAAAUACGAGAAAAAAUAUCAUAUCAUGUAAACUAUGCGUACGAUAUCGCACGGGAGGAGGCGAUAAUCGCCUCGCCUUUGAUGUUUGUAUGUCUCCGUAUAAACAAAACACGUAUGCGAGAAUCGUAUACGAGUUUAUACGCUACUCAGUCGAAAUGAAUUCUCUUUACCUAGAAACAGAAAUCAUCUAAAACAUUUAAUUAGGUAACGCUACGGUCGAAUUCAUUCCUAUUUUACGUUAUUUAGACCGUUAUAAAUAAUUUAUAGUGUUUUUAAUAUUAUUGGGUACUAUUCAACUGAAAUUGAAAUAAAUCCAUGUAAAUUAUAUAAUAAUCAUAAAAAAGCAUGUAAUAUAUAUGUGUCUACUGUCUAUAUUUAAAUAUUUUGCAACUAAGCAUGCAAGUUGACAGGCAAAACUCGUAUGAAAAUCAGUUCGCUCCGAGAAAAAAUUACAUACGAGAACCGGUUUAGACGAGUCGAGAAAUGUUAUGGUAAUAUCUCCCGAAAAUUCAACUCUCCGUCUAAACUAUUUCGCCUGGCGAGUAUCGCAUACGAUACUCGUAUGCG